UUUAAAAAAGAUUUUAACAGAAAAUCAUCUCGGCUACUGGUUUAGGGAGUUUUCCAUAUUUUUCUUUUUCUUUGUAUAUAUCUUCAAGAUGGUCUUGCAAACCCUAUUUAUCGAGUCAGAACAAGAUAAAACCCUUAUAGAAAUAGUUGUGAGUUCAUCAGCAACAAGGCAAGAACAAGCAUCAGCAUCUGGUAUCAUCAUUGCACAUCCUUAUGGCCCAUUAGGUGGAAACAUGAAGAACAAUGUAGUGAUUGCUUUACAGAGAUACUUUAUAUCUAAAGGUUAUGUAGCCAUUUGUAUGAACUUUCGUGGUUGUGGUAACUCCAAAGGCAGAACAAGUUGGACAGGCAUGCCAGAAAGACAAGACUAUCAAGCAGUUAUUCAUUAUGCACUGGAUCACAAUACACUCGACAUAUUUCCCGAGAUAAACAGCCUGAUUCUAUGUGUAUGUAUGCACCUUGUCUUUCACAACUGACAUCAAUAUGGUAGGGCUAUUCUUUUGGUGCCAUGAUUGCUGGUACAAUGAAACCCCCAAGCGUACCUUGUGCUUAUUUACUUAUCAGUGUACCCUUGGGUGUUUUAUGGGCAUUAGCAACAGUCAAGGCUAGUUUCUUUAAAAGAGUGCCACCCAUCAAUCCUACUCGUCUUUUGUGUAUCCAUGGUGACCGAGAUCAAUUCACCCGAGUCGGUACUAUCAAGCAGUUUUAUCCACAAGACAGUGUUUGCGUGAUAGAGGAAGCUGAUCAUUUCUGGCUAGAUUUUGAGUCUUACCUGAUAAAUGCAAUAGAACAUUGGAGAUUAAAACUGUAAUUUCUCACGUUUAUAAAUUUGUAA